CUAGCGUUAGCAGUCAAUAUAUUUGUUAUAUCACAAGUCCAAAACCCUAUUUCUAUUAGCUCCGCCUCAGAUAUCUCGUCUUCGCAGACAUGGCAACUAAGCAGCCGAAUACCGGCCUCUUUGUAGGACUGAACAAGGGUCAUGUUGUGACCAAGAAGGAGUUGGCUCCACGCCCCUCUAUUCGAAAAGGAAAAACAAGCAAGAGAGUCCAUUUUGUGAGGAGUUUAAUACGGGAAGUUGCUGGUUUUGCACCAUACGAGAAGAGGAUCACUGAGCUUCUGAAAGUUGGUAAGGACAAGCGGGCUCUCAAGGUAGCUAAAAGGAAGUUGGGAACUCACAAAAGGGCAAAGAAGAAGCGAGAAGAGAUGUCAAGUGUUCUCCGCAAGAUGAGGGCUCAUGGUGGAGGUGCUGAAAAGAAGAAAUAAACCUUUGUUUUGUCGGUUUCUCCCUGUUCGCGUUUACAAGCAGCUAGAGAGGGGUUUGUUUUGCAUAUGGUUUGUUCUUUGUUGUUCGAAAUUGAAUUUUGUGUUUUUAAAACUUGUUUAUUCGAAUUAGGCACGAGAGAUUGGAGGAAGUAAUUACGUAAAAAUUAUGUUUUUCUUUU